UGACUCCAUGCAAUUAAAACGAUGCAGUGCAAUAACAUAGGCAUUUCUGAGAAAGCUGCUACCUAUACCCACUAUUAUACCACCUCCUCAUUCUAAUUAGUAAUAUCAUAAUACAAGCGGCGGGGUGGCGCGGAAAAUUGAAGAAAUUCAAGUUCUUGUAUUAAUUUUGACAACUGAUUGACAGUGAAAGAAAGGCUCAGGCUUCUCCUUAAUUACAAAUUUUGGAACAACAUUCUACCGUUAAGACAGUUAAUGUAAAGCGUAGUGAAAGGAUGAUGAUAGAAACGCUUACUGCUGCUUGCAAUGGACAUGACCCAUUGGAACUUCAUGACCUAAUUUCAAAGCAUAUUAACAAAAAUGAUGAUUUCAACUUGAAAGAUAUUUUACCAGUAUGUUCAAGAAAAAAGCAAGAGGAAAUAUGGGAAGGAUUGUAUGAACAGAUGACACGAGCACUCACACAAGCACCCCUUAUGCCGGAUAUUGAAGAUGAGGCGCUUCAGGCAACUGCCAUGUGUUUGCAGGAUAUUCUAACAAUUGCUGGGUGUGUCUUGGACCAAAAUAAACCUAUCAUUCCAGAUAAAAUGUUAGAAACCAUCACAGCUUUGCAUGAGCUAUUGCUUGAAUUUCCAGACAAGGCAAAUAAGGUUCAAGCUAGCAUUGCUAAAGUUUGUCAAACUUGGUGGGUGAAAGAGUUGCCAGGCAGGGAAGGACUUGUUGCAAAUACUAUCAUGUUUUUUCUAGUGAAGAGCAUUCAACCCAAUGCAAGUUUUGCAGACGUGAAACGUGUAUUCUCAAUGCGUUAUAGCUUACUUCAGAUAGACUUUGAAGAUGAAAGCAGCGUUACACUUAAGAACCUGUUGUUGAGUAGUGCUAUAAGCACAGCUUUUUUGAAAGCUGACGAGGGUCGCAGAUUCGUAAGCUUUCUAUUCGAAUUGAACUUGGAAUUUGUUGAGCAGCUCCACGUGGCAAUUAAGAACCAGAUUCCAGCUUGUCCUAAGCCCAUGAUUGAAUGGUAUGGCACUGUAUAUGUCAAGGCGUGGAAGUCAGCAACUGGGCCAUUCAUUGAUAAGAUUGAGCAACACUGCAUCCAAGACUUCAUGUACCAUGCAGUUCAUGCGUCCAGGGCAGGAGUCCGCUCUAUGGCAUCUAAUCUCAGAAAGAUACUUGGAUGUUUCCACAGACAAAAGGUACAUCAAGGCGUUGACAAGAUGCUGCUGAAACUCUACAACCCUAUUCUGUGGCGUUCUCUCAAGGUUGCUAAUGGGACUGUGCGAGCCAAUUCAAUCACCCUCCUAAUUGAUGCUUUCCCGCUACAAGACCCCAAAGAAACGAAGGAGGAGAGAGACAAUCUGCUUCAGAAACAGUUUGACAUCUUAUCCGAUCUACUAAAUGAUCCAUGCGUAGUGGUUCGUAAGACAUGUGUCAUCGGGAUCUGUCGAAUUUUUAAUGUUUUCUGGGAACUGAUUCCAAUUAAGACCCUAGAGGAUCUGCUUGGGAAACUGAUUCAGGAUCUUGCUAGAGAUGUAUCCUCCACUGAUGUCAGGGCAGCUGUCUACAAGGGCCUAGCAACUGUGUUGGACAACCGUUUGAGUCAUGGGUUGAUGAAACGUCUUCUACCUCAGCUAGGCCUCCUCAUUCAUGAUUCCUCGGAGAAAGUUCGCGUCGCUUUUGUGGAACUUAUGCUCAAAGUAAAAGGUGUCCGUAGCAUUAAGGUGAGUGAGGUAGUCUCUGUGGAACACUUGCUGGUCCGUUUGGAACUAGACUCGCCUCCUGUCGUUAAACGUCUGGUACAGCUCCUUUUCAACUCCUUCCAGCCACUGGAUAAAGCUGGAGAGGUCCAAUUGACACGGUGCAUUGCUCUUGUGCAGAACAAUGCUGCUGCUGCAAGAGUCUUCUACAGAUACGCUCACCAGCAUAUGUCACCAUUUGACUCUGCCAAGUUCCUACUUUUGGUUUGCCAAUGCAUCUUUGGAUGUGUGAACCGUUCAACAUCAAAUGAUAAUGAUUCUGAUGAAGAAACUGACAAAAAUGCAGAUGAAGAAGAUACUUUGUCUCUGGCUGACAAAGACAUUAUUGAUGGACUGCUGGAAGUGAUGGUCAUCCUCUGGACGAGUAUUGACCAUCAGUUAAUGACAUCCCAUGGUGCUUUGAGACAGAAGCUGGUAAAGCGGCUCAGUAAGGCUGUACCGUUAUUCCUGGAUGUUUUUCAGGGUGGUCGUUCAUUAGAAGCCGUCUUGAUGCUAGCCAGCUUUUUGCCAGGUUUGGCUUUGCCUGACUUUAAGGAAAAUUGCUUGAACAAGUUGAAGAUGCUAAGAUGUGAAAGUUCAGUAAAUGACUUUGCCCCUCUUUUAGAAUGCCUGGUUAGUUGGGGGAAGGGAGGAAACGUUCUUGAUAUUAUUUAUCAGCGACUUCAAAACAUUAAGAAUGAUUCAAGUAUUCAAGUCAGUUGGGAGGAGGGUGCAAGUGUUCUUGAUGUAAUGAGUCAGCGAGUUCAAAACAUGAAGGAACAAAAGGACAACCUGAAGCAGUGUGAAGUAGCACUGCGAAUACUUGAUUGGUUACUUGCCCAGAAAACAACAAGAACAUGCAUUAUGCAAGAAAACUCAGAACAUCUGUUACAGGUGCUCUCUGCCCUCAAAGACACCGUGCAAAGCAUUGAAAUAAACAAAGCCAUAGAUACAGACAUGGAGGCCAUCUUGGAGCAGGCACUGUACUCCUACUGCAAGACGACUAUGCAUAUUCAAGCUGAGGAAAGAGAAUCAAACACAGAUUUAGUUGGGGAACUUCUAACCUCUCUCAUGACCUCUAUUGACCAGGAAGUAUCAGCUGAUCAAGUGAUGAGUAAAACACCGCAAUGUAAAUGGCUCAAGUGCAUUCUCAAAGUCAGUGCAGAGGCUUUCAUGGUUGGUCAAGUUAGAGAUGAAAUUGGGAGGAAUAUAGCUGGAUUCCUGGAAAUCUUAUUACAGAAAGAUCUUCCCUUGGAGUUAUUACCAUCGAUUGUGCUGGUUUUGUAUCAUGUAAGUUUGAAGCUGUUGACGGCAACAAAUGAGCAAGAUGAUAUAGUGCCCUUGCUACUCUCUCAGAUUAUUAAGGUACUAGCUCAGACAACUAAAGAUGGCAGUGAAGAAGUGGAAAAGAUUUUGCCAUCAAUCAAACCCGGAUUGACAGAAGUUCUCCGCUGUUACCAUAGAAACCAUCCUGAGAAUUGUCAACGUAUUUUAGCCACCAUAAUGGCUGCCACACUUGCUGAAUUAACAAGUGCUAUUCAUGGUGAUGAGAAUCUUACACCAAGUCAGAGUUUUGGUGAGCUACCAACCCUGUCAGCCUUCCUUCUACCACUAGUGAACAGUAAACCUGCUAUUCUUAGAUGCUUUCUCAGUGAACUAGAACAGUGUAUUGAUGUUGGAGCUGUACAAGGUAUUGAGGGUUUCCUGGCAAUAAUUCAUGUAUUAUACACAAUUUCAAAAGCUGGUAAGAGAAUAAGUGGUUUGAAGGAGUGUAUGGCAUUGGUUCAACAACAGAUUGAUCCUCUGAAACAGGCCGACGACGAUGAGUCAUCUGAUAAGAAGCAGGUUGAUACAGCUUUUGAGUUGAUGUCUGAAAUAUCACAGCACAUGGGUUGGACUGUUUGAAGGACGUAUGCUCAUGCAGAUAUUAUAAUACAGUAAAUUUACUGUAUAAAGAAAAAAAACCCCAAAAUGUAUUAUGCAUAAUGGUCAAGUAGAUGUAUUAAUCUAUGCAGAACUGUAGAUUAUGUGCGUGUGGCUAUGGUAUGAAAAUACUACUGUAACUUUAUACUGUAUAUUUUUUCGUUCUUGUAUGUUCAGAAGUCAAGUAAGCUUGCAACACUUGGCCUCAUCUAGAACAAGCUACUGUACUGUAUUUUAAAAAAAGUUUUUUUAAGGACUUGUGGUAACUAGGUCAUGACCCCUUGUUCUAGUACAGCAUAUGUGGUAUAAAAGAACGAAAUUUCCCAUCAUAAACCCCAAAAUCAGCUGGCUCCACCCCAUAUCAGCAAAUAUUUGGAGUGUAUUGAUAACGUUUACAUGGAAUUAACUUGAUUAGGAUUAGAUUGUAUUUUUGUACAAAGAUUUGCAAAGUAUUAGUUUCCAGAUCACUUUACAGUACUGUACUUUUAAAAACUUGCAUGAUUUUUUUUAUUGAAUAAAACCCUUCAACACCAUGAA